UGGUGUAAAUUAGAAACCAUACUUCAGCAGGAAUGCUCGGCCGAUAUGGCAGACGAAUCAUAAUAUCGUUCUUUCCCGCCAAAUACUUGAGUUUAACACGUUUACUAAGGAUUAACAGAUACUCUAGCUGCAUACAUAGGUUGGUAAACAUGGAGUGUUUUCUGCAUUCUUGUGAAAAUACCCAUCCACCCAUUUCUUUACCCGACGGUGAGAAGGUCAUUGUCGGUAGAAGCAGGGAGACCCAAGUCGCCGACAAGAAGUGUUCCAAAACCCAAGUGAAAAUGACAGCAAACUAUAUGAAGAAAGAGGUUCUUAUUGAACAGGUUGGCAACAACCCAAGCACUGUGAAUAAUAAAAACCUUCAGAAAGGAGAAUCUGCUGUGCUAAGGCCUAGUGAAAUGUUUGGUUUGUUGCAUACAAACUAUUUGCAUUAUAUCACUUUCACAACAUCCGGUCAACCAUCCACACCUAUAGCUGAUGAAUGGUCAUCACAGGAGAAAAAGGACUCUCUCAGUUCUCCAAGCAAAAAGAUAGACAGAAAAAGGGAUGUUGAUCAAGAAAACACAGAGACAAAAGGAUUAGAGUUGAACAAAGUUAAACAGAUUAAAGACAGUGAGAAAUGCUUGGAAGCUAUUGACUAUGACUCUCUCAGUUCUCCAAGCAAAAAGAUAGGAAAUAAAAGGAAAAUUGAUCAAGAGAACACAGAUACAAAACGAUCUAAAUUGAACAUAGGUGAACUGAUUCAAGGCAGUAAGAGGAGCUUGGAAGAUAUUGACUAUGAUGAAGUAAAGAAAGAGUUUGGUGAGGAAAUGGUAGAAGAAUUGAAGUCUAAACAUAAGAAGAUUGAAGAUCUUGGCUGUUCUUCUGGUGUUGACAGUGCAUUGAAUCUAAACGGUGACAGUCAGCAGAAUUUUGCCAAUCCUAGUAAUGCUUCGGAAUGGAGUGAAAUUCCAGGAGAGUUGCUGGUGUUCACAUCCAAAGGUGUUGAGGGAAGAAAAAAGAUUGCAGGUUUUGAUCUCGAUGGUACAAUAAUCACCACAAAAUCUGGCAAAGUAUUCCCCACCAACACUGCAGACUGGACGAUUCUUUUUCCUCAAAUCCCUGGAAAGCUGAAACAGUUAUGGAGAGAUGGUUAUAAGAUUGUCUUUUUCACCAAUCAGAAUGGUAUAGCUAAGAAAAAAGUCAGUGUACCAGACUUCAAGGUGAAAAUUCAGCGCAUUUUGGAUUUGCUUGGCGUACCAACACAGGUGCUAAUAUCUCCAGGGACUGGUCAUUAUCGAAAGCCUUGCACGGGAAUGUGGAAAUAUCUUCUUGAAAAAGCAAACCAGUCAGUUCCUGUCAACAAAGAAGAAUGCAUGUAUAUUGGAGAUGCUGCUGGCCGUCCUGUAAACUGGGAGCCAAAGAAAAAGAAAGACUUUUCAUGUAGCGAUCGAACUUUCGCUGCGAAAAUCGACAUAAAAUUCUACACACCCGAAGAGUUCUUUUUGGGCAAAAAACCUGCUCCCUUCAACUGGCCCGUAUUUAAUCCGCGAAAACUACUUGAUGGCAAUAGACCUCUGUUUACACCGACUUCGUCAAAUCUAACAUCGAAUACCCCAGAGCUGAUUGUGAUGGUUGGGUCCCCAGGAUCCGGUAAGACGACUUUUGCAAAGGAAUACCUCGUUCCCAAAGGUUACACACGCAUUAACAGGGACACUUUGGGCACAUGGCAGAAGUGCGUGUCUGCGUGUCGCGCAGCCCUGUCACAGGGAAAACACGUGGUGGUCGACAACACUAACCCUGACCAGGAGUCCAGAAAAAGGUAUAUCGAGUGCGCAAAGCACGCUAAAGUUCCUGUUCGUUGCUUUGUUAUGGACAUUUCCCUGGAGCACGCCAAACACAACAAUGCCGUGCGAGAGAUGACAAACACCGACAGUUCGUACAAACAUGUCGGGUUCAUGGCGUUCAACAGUUACAAAUCUAGCUACAAAGAGCCCUCGGUCAGUGAAGGAUUCGACGAGAUCUUGAAGAUCCACUUCAAAGCUGUGUUCAAAAACCAAGAGACUAGGGAUCUGUAUAUGCAGUCCUUACAUACCUAGGGAGAUCUAAAUGAUCAGAUGAUCGGAAUCUUGUUGUAUUUGAACGCGAAAAAGUGGGUUUUGGCAGGCCGUCUCGAAGCUUUCUGGAACGUAGGCUAAGUUCACACGUCGUAUUAUCCAUGAGCCGUAUUCAAUGCAAA